AUGCCAUGCGCAAACGAACAUGUUCUACUUCUUCCAUUUGGAUAAAGAGCUUUUUAAUUUGCGAAGGUUCCCCCUACGUUGUGCCGACUUACGCAUAUUUCCACUGCGCUGCUAUUACAUCAGUUUGUUGCUCCUUUGCGUUAUUCACCAUUUUACCUGACCCUGCAAGGUGAAAUGUGAAGAGAAAUAAAGCAUCCCCAUUGCGGUUGAAGAGGAUAAGUUUUCCCUUUUUUUGAAAAGGCCUAAGAGUAGAUUUGCUGGCCUGCAGUAGGUCAAAUUUGUUAACUAGCAGACCGUUUGUAUAAUUCGCAAGGAGAGCACUCCAGGGAGACAACUGAGACGAGUGAUCAAUCCAGCUGGCACGUGGAAUCCCCGAAACGAAUUUUUCAAAUCAAAAUGAACGAUGACGUGUCAAAUUUGCUCUACGAAGGGAUUAACCUGAUUUUUGAGAAGUGGACUGUUCUCCGUUUGGCCGUGACGAACAACUGGGGAGGGCCAAGUUCGGAAGAGAAAAAAAAAAAACUAAUCGAAUAUGUGCACAGCUACGUGUUGUCGGAAAGGUCAGGUAAAAAAAAAAAAAAAAAAACCAAAUACUCCAUUUUAGCUAGCAGCCCAAAACACAAGCUGUGCGACUACUUGAGGGACGAAAUGAACACCCUGUUCAACGUAGACAUUGAGGAUGACAGUGAUAUCGAAGUCUCCGAUUUGAUAUUGGACCUGUACAGCAACUUGAAAAAGAACAACCUAGACAUUAUAGAAAAAAUCAAACAGAUAAAGGAGUCCGACUUGACGCACUGCAAGGAAAACAACUUAGUAGAGGAAGCCUACGAUUCCGAGGAGGCCGAAUCGGGAAGUGACUUUUCCGAGGAAGAACAGUCAGAGAGUGACUACUCGGCUGAGGACCAUUCUGAUGGAGAAAAAUCAAACGGUGAAUAA